GAGGCCACACAAUAGGGCAAGCAAGAUGCCCUACUUUCACAGCGCGGGUAUAUAACGAUACCAAUAUUGACCCUUCUUUUGCCAAGGCCAAGCAGAACCUCUGUCCACUGACUAAUACUCCAACUAAUUUUGUAGCAAACUUGGACGUUACAACUCCAAACUAUUUUGACAAUGGCUACUUCAAGAAUCUCCUCAAGAAGAAGGGACUUCUUCACUCCGAUCAAGCUCUCUUCAGUGGUGGCUCCACCGAUUCGCUGGUCCGAACUUAUGCUCUGAACAAGAGGGCCUUUUAUCAUGACUUUGUCAAUGGCAUGAUCAGGAUGGGAGACAUCAGACCCUUGCUUUAUCCAAAUGGAGAGAUCAGAGAGAACUGCAGGAGGGUGAAUUACAAGCCUCUUUGA